AUGAUCUUCACUUCGGCUCUUACUGUCACGGCGUUUGCCGCUGCCGCUUUGGCCGGUUCCAUCGUACCCAGGGGAACAACCAAUGCUCCCGCCGAUGUUAUUGACAAGAUUCAACUUCAUGCCGCCUUGCCAUGGCGGCAUACAUCAACCCAGGUGGAUGCGAGUCGUCCAUCUCGGGAUCUAAGGUACUACAGCAAUUUACGAGUCCAGCCGGGCAGAACGGGCACGUUGACCAUCCCUAUGAAUGCAACCAAGGAGGUGAACAUUGUAUUCCGCGGUACAUUGAGCCUUCGAAAUGGGCAGACCAACGCAGAUAGCACGCCCACCCCUGUUAGCUGGCCAGGAUGUACUGGCUGCACCGUUCACCAUGGCUUCUACACCAACUACCUGGACGCCAAGAACUAUACCAACGGAUUCGCAACUGCGUUCAACGCCGCCUCAGCUCUGGGCUAUAAAGUCAACUGUGUUGGCCACUCUCUAGGGGCUGCGGUUGCUGCAAUGCAGCUGCCACUUGGGUGGACUCUCGCCUUGGCAAAAACUUCAAGCUCUAAGGUAUACCGUGUUGUCAACGGAGGGGACUCGGUUCCGGCUCAAGUUCUUGAUGCGACCUACGUACACCAUGGAGUUGGCUAUAAGCGUGAUGGUUCUAAUGCAAGAACCUUGGUUUGUGCCAGUGACACUGAUCCCGAGUGUGCCGGAGGGAGUAACGUUGUUGAUCAGUAUUGGUAG